AUGCAGCAGCAGCAGCAGCAGCAGCAGCAGGGGGAGGUCGUCAGGGUCGACAGGUGGGGCGGCCCGCGCGGCUCGGGAGAUCUGCAGCAGACAGAGGCUGGAGCAGCAACUGCUCAGGAGCAGCAGCAGCAGCAGCAGAAGCAGCAGCAGCAGCAGCAACAAAGCCUGUCUGCAGCGGGCGGGGCGUCUGCUGCUCUCGCUGCGCUGGCCUGGCUGCUGCAGUGGCAUGUCUUAGCUGCUGCUGCUGCUGCUGCGCUGCUGCUGAUGAUAAUCUUCUGGGCGAGCUACCAGUGCUGGAUAGAGCGGUCUGCUGCUUUAAACAUGCAGCAGCUGCAGCAGGAAGAGGCAGCAGCAGCAGCAAGGGAAACAGCUACCGCUGCUGCAGCAAAAGCCUCGCAAAGAGCUGCUGCUGCUGCUGCUACUGCGCUGCACGACCACUGCCGCGCAACCCAAGGCAGCAGCAGUACCAAGCAGCAGCACAAGCAUUCUAAGCCCGCCCAGCAGCAGGCCAAGAAGCAGCAGCAACUCUACAAGAAGCAGCAGCAGCAGCAGCAACAGCAGCAGAAGCAGCAAGCACCUGCUGCCAGCGACGCGCUGAAUGCACGUAAGAGCGCUGGGGCAGCAGCAGCGGCGCAAGACGCCGAGGAGGCAGCAGCUGCUGCUGCUGCGCCAGCUGCUGCAGCAGCUGCUGCACCUGCUGCUGUUGCUGCUGCUGUGGAAACAGCAGCAGCUCCUGCUGCUGCUGCUGAAACUCUUGCUGCUUCUGCUGCAGCCACCACCUGUUCUACAGCAGCAUCAGCCUCUCCAGGGGCAGAAGAAACAGCAGAUAGAAGUGGCAGAAGUGCUGCUGCUGCUCGUGCUGCAGCAGCUCGACUGAAGCAGCAGCAGGAGCAGCAGCGGGGCACGAACGGCGCAGCAACGAGCAGCCCCGCUGCAGUGUCAAAGAGGGAAGCAGCUCCAGCAGCAGAAGCAGCAGCAGCGAGCGCUGCUGCUGCAGAGCAGCAGACAGAAGCGACAACAGCAAAUGCUAAGGGACGGAGGCACAAGCAACAAAAGCAGCAGCAGCUGCAGCGGCCGCAACCAGAACAGCAGCAGCAGCAGCAGCUCAAUGGAGGACUGAAGGGAGAUGGACCAGCAGCAGCUGCUGCUGGGGGGAAGAUGGCCAGCGGCAGCACAACAGACCACCAGCAACAGCAGCAGCAGCAGCAACAGCAGCAGCGUCAGCAGUUGCACCGCGUUGCUGCAGAUGCAAGCCCCACAGCUGCUGCUGCAGCAAGAGGGAAGGGCGACUCGCCUAGAGCAGCGGCUGACGCAUCUUCCCCAAGUGCAGCAGCAGCAGCAGCUGCUGCUGCUGCUGCUGCUACUCCUGCUCCAGCUGCACGAGACAAGGCAGCCAAGCUGUCUGCAGCGCCGAAGAAAGGAGCAGCAGCAGGAGCUGCUGCUGCUGUGGCUGCUGCUGCUGCAGAGCCUGGCAGGCAGUGCUGCUG